AUGGAUUUUGAAUUUUUUGACGUAUCUAAAAUUGCCACUCCCAAUAAAAUUUCACCAGUUAUUUCACCUUCUAACAAUAACAAUAAAAAUAACAACAAAGUUGAUGAUAUCUCUGAAAACUCUUCUUCAGCCAAAGAUAGGUCAAAACUUUUGGAUCCUGAUGAAUAUCUCAAAGAUGAUGAUAUGGAAGAAGACCUAAAAGAUUUUACAGUUGUUACCAAAGCUACUCCCUUUGCAAUUGCUACUCAUAUUAAUUUUACACCCAAAGAAAAGAACAACAGCAAAAUUAUUCUCGCUAUCAAUAAUGUUUUUACUCAAAAUAAUGAUUUUCGAGGAGUUUCCAUUAUUCGUGUUAAUUUAACGUGUUCUGUAAUUGUCUAUUUUGCAAUGUCAGACACGGCUACCUUAGCCCUACACGUGACUAUUCCUGAUCUUAAGAUUGACACUUUCUGUGAUUUCACUUAA